GGGAAUUUCGCACGUGCGGACCCUUUCUUCCUCUCGGCCAAACCCAUUCAGGAACCCUAAUGGCAUAAUCUAUCGCACUCUUCCCCUCUUUCCUUCUCCACCUGAAACGGUCAUGGUGACUCACCUCGCGAACUCGCAACUCAGUACUGUAUCCGCUUCUCACUCGCACAAGGCAUGGCACCUCCUCUCUCUUCUCUUGGCCAUCGGCCGUCCGGCUACUCCUGCAGAACUCUCCGCCAAAUGCACAUUGUUCCGCGCAACGCCUGAGUUCGUCGAGUUCCUGUGUUCGAUUCCUGACUCGCCUCUCUUCUUGACCGGCGAUCUUGUAGUUACUAUAUCUCUCGCCGCGUACGCAUCGUUUGCGCAGUUUGCAUCGAAUUUUAGCUCAAUUGUUUCACUAGUGCCGCGCAUCGGGAUCAGAGUGCAAGGACUGAAGCAGUUGUGGGAUGAUGUUUUGAUCACAUACUCUAGGAGGCGGAAGCGGGUGAUGCCGCAUUCUGAAGUUGCGGCAGUGGCGAAGAAGAGAGUAACACUGGAUUUUCUAGAUGUGAAUGAGGGAUCUCACUUUGGUUUGCCUUUGAUCAAGAGAGUUCAAAAGGCCGAGGCUGAGGAAAAUUUUCAUGUAGCUGGUGGUACCAUAAAUACUACGCCAUUUGGCAUGUCAAUCCCAGCAUUUAACUCAUUUAAUUUAAAUCAAGCGAUGAUUGUGAACCCCCUCUUUGCCAACUCUGGUUCUGGAUUGUUGAGUUAUGAACUGGAAAAAACUGCAUGCGUAGAAGGUGAAAAGGAGAUAAAUAUAUGCAUUCAUAAGAAGGCGCGGGAUGAUGUAUGUACACAAGGAUGUCAGCAGAGUUUUCUCAAAAUUGAAUCUUGCCCAAAUAUGCCUGACUCAAUGAUAAUUGACGGAAUAGUAUCAAGUGAGCCUGAUUUCAAGACAUCUUUUCUAACUGAUAUCUUGGAAAAUCAAAUUGUGUUGAAACAAGUUGAGAUGAAUCCUAGAAACAGAAUAAAUUUUUAUCCCUCACAAUGCCUGGAGAUAGAUAGUCAAGGCAACAUUUCACCUGUGGAAGCUGGAGAAGUUCACCGUGUGUGUAAAACGACAGAUGUCAGAAUAAGUGAAAACAAAAGAAUCAUGAAGGGCAAGGAGGGAGGGCCAUUAAUUGACUCUGCUAUGCAAAAAGGAGAAAUUGAUAGUCUUGACCCACAGUAUAACACCACUGAAUUGGAUAUAUCACCAAAAAAUGACUUUGAACGGAAAAAUGCUCAUGGGGAAAGACAGAGUCUCUUUUCAGCUGUUGAACUCUCGGCUGCUCAGAAGCAGAUGACAAAAUCUCCUGCCAAGGUGAAGACCAUUCAUGGGGAUGCGAUGACUCCAGAACUUCACACUUUCUGCAGGUUAUCAAAGAGUAAUAAGUCUGUUACAGCAACUAAAGAGCAACAGCACCAUAGAAGAGAUCAGAAGCCCAUCUCAAUGAAGCAAAAGAUGAAGCAGACUCCUAAUAAAACAUAUGUUACAGAGAAAAAGGAAAAUCCUGCACAUAUUCUUUCAAAUGAUCAAUCACAGCCCAAGAUGCUACCAAAUUUUGAAUCUUUUAUCAUGGAGGAGGAGGAAGGUUCUGGUGGCUAUGGCACGGUUUAUAGAGCACGGAGGAUAUGCGAUGGAAUAAAAUUUGCCAUAAAAUGCCCUCACUCAAAUGCUCAUAGGCACCAUGUUAACAAUGAGAGAAGGAUGCUGGAACGAUUUGGGGGUAAGAACUUUGUAAUAAAAUUUGAAGACUCUUUCAAGAGUGGAAAUUCUGAGUGCUUUGUUCUAGAGCAUGUUGAUCAUGACAGACCUGAGAUGUUGAAGAAAGAAAUAGAUGUUUUCCAGCUCCAGUGGUAUGGCUACUGCAUGUUUAGAGCACUUGCAAGUCUACAUAAGCAGGGAGUUGUGCAUAGAGAUGUUAAACCUGGCAACUUCCUUUUCUCUCGUAAAAUCAAUAAAGGUUACCUUAUUGAUUUCAACCUUGCCAUGGAUCUGCGUCUGAAGUAUGGAACCACUAACAAGUCGAAGGAACAGUAUGAUGUAAAGUUCAAUCCUGUUGCACUUAACCAUCCCAAAUCUGUACCUUCUACCAAAAGUAAGAAGUUCCCCAGUACUCAAUCUUUGGAAGCAGUCAAUAAGCAGACAAUGAAAGACACUAGAAUGAUGGAACCCAGAAACAUGAAAAGAAAGGCUCAGGCUGACUUGGGUAGUUGGAACACAAUGAAAAGCCAAGGUGCAGAUGGAUCAGGCAUAACCUCCGCAAAGGAUGUGACAAGCACUAGGACUCCUUCAGCUGAAAGACUGAGGGAACCCAUGCCAUGCCAAGGUAGGAAGGAGCUGAUUAGCCUGGUGCAUGAAGCACUGCAGCAUCCUUAUCAAGAACCAGUCAGUGUUCCAGCUUCUAAAAGAAAGAGGGUUGCUGCCCCUCCUGGUAAACUGGAUAAGAAACUUGAUUAUCAAACUCCAAUGCCACUGCACUCAAAUGGAAUUGCUGUUGUUGGGGGAGGACUAUUGAAGAAUAAAGUUGAUGGAAAGCACAAGAAAGAAGGCCCUUGUGUUGGAACAAAGGGAUUCCGUGCCCCAGAGGUCUUGUUGAGAUCUCCACAUCAAGGCCCCAAGGCCGAUAUCUGGUCUGCAGGGGUCACCUUACUUUAUCUAAUGAUUGGAAGAGCACCCUUUAUGGGUGAACCUGAAACGAACAUAAAAGAGAUUGCAAAGUUGAGGGGCAAUGAGGAUCUAUGGGAAGUUGCCAAGCUACACGACCGGGAAUCAUCCUUCCCCCAGGACCUUUUAGAUGUACAGUGGUUGCCUUCGAUGCGGCUGCAGGAGUGGUGCAAACUCAACACCAAGAGACCAGAAUUUUUCGGGGUAAUCCCGAGGUCACUUUUUCAUCUCGUGGACAAAUGCUUGACUGUGAAUCCGAGACUUAGGAUCAGCGCAGAGGAAGCUCUGAGGCAUGAGUUCUUUGCUCCAUGCCGUGAAAGACUGAGAGGGCAGAGCUUGCCCAGGGAGGAGUGCAGCUUGGAAUCUGGACAUCCCGUGUUCUGCAGAGAUAAAGCUUCAUCAGAUGUAGGCAAAGUUUAAUAGAGUCUGUAGAGGUUAUUCAUCAUUUUGGUUCAAAUGUCUUACUUGCUGGCUCUCAUCUCAUAGCUCAUUUGCAUAUUCAAUUUUUCCAAGCUGUAAAAAUAAGUCCCAUCCUUGCACGUCGUUGAUUCUUGCCCUCGCAAAAUUUUGUACCUUUUUGUACUGUAUCAUUUGUAAGAUUUAAACUAUUGAAUGUAUUCUUGCACCCAAUCCUACAAAUAGAAAUAGAUAGAUCACUUUGAAAUC